CUGGGUGGGGGGUAAUCACAGUCACAUAGUGCUUUACCACUGAGCUACACGCUUAAAUAAGAGUAGCUACUUGGUACAAAAUGUUUUUGGUGUUUGCGUGUGCCUAUGUACGUGCGUGCGCAUGUGUGUGUAGGCCUAUGGAGAGGUGGGGGGGGUCCAUUUUUUUUUUUUUUUUUUUUUUUUUUUUUAAACUCUCUUUAUGAGUCACAAAAACAUAUGUUAGACGUAGAUAAUAAGAAACGCACAGGUGUUGUUAAUCGAAUAUUACCCUUUUAACUGACAAAAUAACUGACACAUGAAAGCUACUCAAGUCCUUAUUCUAGACUUGGUUCGGGUUUAAGACAUGGUUUUUGUGUUUGUUUUGUUUUCUUCUUGUCAAGGCAGACAACUCCAAAUGUUAGUCACCAUCCAAAAACAGAAAAUGUGAAUUCUUACGAUUGAAAAUAUCAGUUAUAUAACUGUGGGUUAAUUAGAAUAGUACACUGAUUCUAGAAAAUCUCGGUUAGUAAAAUUAAUGAAAAAAUAAUAUAUGCUUUUAGUGAAUAAUUUUGCAGCAAAUAAUUUUAUUUAUUCUUCUCAUCUCAUCUGUCAUGAUUAUCAAAGUUCAAAGUCAGAGCUUUUGUCCGUCACUCCCGCAUCAGUCAUCAUUGCAGCAAUGUACCAUGAUCAUCAGUCUUUGAUUGUUUACUGUAUAACUCACUACCGAGUCAGCUUGUUUUAUGACAGUGUUUUAUCAUAAGUUGAAAUGGGCCAGGGACCAAGCGCCACGGACGCACCAGCUGUCAUUCCAGAACAACUGUACGCUCACCUGGACAUCUUGAAACACCUGACCACCCUGUCUUACAAACAGUUCUGCGACUCUGUCACUGAACUCAAUGAAAUAACUAACACAUUUACCGACCAUCGAGGUAAGCAGCUACAGUUUCACAUUAAAAAGGGGACUGACACAUCAGUUUUCUGGAAGGCUACAGUCCGAGUUCGCUGUCUCAAGAUUAACACACAGAAUAACAAGGUGGAGUCUUCCCGGGCUCUGAAUCUGCAUCAGUACAUUGUCAUGUACAGGGAGAUAGCUGAACAAGUCCGCUGUCUGGCAUCGAGCCCCUCUCCCCUUGGACAAACCCCCGAAGACAUCACAGCAUCAACGAUCUUUGAAAAGUUUGACACAGAACGUGUUGGGGUUAAUGAUGAAAACGAAUGCUGUAUUUGCAUGGACCGAAAAUCCGAAAUAAUCUUGACAUGCAGCCACGAAUUUUGUGAAAUAUGUAUUGAUUCUUGGAAUGUCAGUCACAACACGUGUCCUAUUUGUCGCUUCAAAGUGAAGAACUCCGAUGACACAUGGGUUCUCACAGAAAAACCAGACAGCUCGGACUAUGAAAGUGAGGUCAAAGGUUACUUGGUUGGUCUAGCUGAUCGACCAGGGACGUCACACUGAUACUUGUUAUUGAAAUAUUUCUACAGUACUUAGACACCUAUCUGCAUUCAUCAAAAACAUUAUUACAUGCAUUGUGUUCAUAUUGAACCCUCAUCCUCAACAUCCGUAACAUCCUUAACCCAUUUCCUGCCGUUGACGUGUAUACAUGUCCAAUGACGUUAGUUAGCAUUGUUUUCAUUUAAAAAUUGUUUUCUAAAAUAAUUGUUGACAUUUUUGCCAAAAACAAAGUAAGAAAAUGUCAAUAAAUAGUCUUAGAAUGACACCAAAUAUUUGCUAAAUUGAUUUUAAUAAUAUUACUAGAAAUGUAGAACAGGUGAAAAUUCUUUAAAUUUGGUAAAAAGAAUGUGGCAGGAUACGGGUUAAGAAUCAUUGCACGUAGACCACAUCAUUCUGUCAGUAUAAUAAUUGCAGAUAUCAGUUACAGUCAUCGAAAUAAGUAUAGUGUGGGGUAACCCAUGUACAAGGUUACCACAUUAUGGACCUGGCUAGGGAUUUUUAAAGCUAUCUUAGUGUAGGUUAGAAGGUAUUAAUAAUUCCUUCUAACCUAUUUACACAGCAUUUCAGUGGUUCAUUCUCUCAAAUGGACGGAGCAUGCUGCACCACGAAUUAAGACAGCUUUUUGGUCGUUCUUCGUGAUUAAGACAGACAUGGGUGGACAACGUUCAGUUGCAGUCUAAAUGCUACGAAAUCGUAAAACCAUCACACGCUAUGACAUCACUAUGGUGUGUGGUGUAGUGACAUCAUGGCCUAUGAUGGUUUUAAGAUUUCUUAGCGCUAAGAUUGCUUUGAAAACAUGGACCCUGGCUAGGAAAUUUCAAAGCUUUCUUAGCGCUACAAAAUCGUAAAGCCAUCAUAGGCUAUGACGUCACACAGCACACGCCAAUAGCUUCAAAAAUAUGGUGCCUGGUAGCCUAUACAUAUAUGCGACACAUUCAUCAUGUUUACAAUACUACCACUUAUUACUACUAUAAAACUACUGCACGAUACUCUGUUCUUCAGUCAAUGUUCUAAUUGUAUUGAUACUUAGGUGGUGUUACUGUAGUUUAAUAACAUUUUGUGGAUCUCAAACGAAGUACCAUUCUCAACUUUUUUUGACAUCAUGUGGUCAUCUUUUGGUAACCUAAACAACUGGUCUCGGCUUAGUUCAAUGCCUGCAAUGUUUCUCAUCAAUGUAAAUUUCUCAUUGCUGCACAAAGACUUCUUUUGGUUUUUAUCCUGGUUCUUCAUGGUAGAAUAUGAAACAGGAAAGACAUCUAACACUGUUAAGUGUAUGUAACAUCUGCUUCAGGGCUCGUGCUUAUAAAACAUUUAAGAGUCCAAACUCAAUCUCUAAUGAUGUCGUUGUUAUGACGAUAAAGUAUCAGACUAGUCUUGAGUCUAGACUCUAAAAGUUUUAUAAGCACCAGGCCAGGUGUUUUUCCAAGUUAACAGAAGAUGAUGAGAUUCCCCGUUAUUUGUGUUAAUUUUGUCAAACAGAAGCACCCAUAAGGGUCUGUGCUUUCAUACAACUCAAGAGUCUACAGACUAAAAUCUUUAAUGACAUCACAUGCAUGCAGUUUGUAUGUCAUUGUGAUGAUGUUAAAGUCUCAGACUCUUAUUAGAGUCUAGAGACUUUCAUAAGGGGCAAGGUGUAAUAUUUAAAUGCAAAAUAGUGCUGAACUCUCAGACAGUUAUUGGAUGAAAUUCAGAAUUAGGAUAAAGUUCACAGAAGUAUUGAGCUGGUCCAUAGAAUGAUCAACAACUAGAAUUGUAAGGUUUUCAUCUAGUUUGGUUAAGUCAGCAUGGAUUUUCACCUCAGAGCCAUACCUAGUGGAGAAGGGUGGGUGGGAGCAGUAGCACUCCCACCAACCCAAAAAAUUAAGAAAAGGUGUCACUUUUGUCUAAUAGGAGAUCCAGUCUUAUUACUGUGCCAUGAUUAUUUUUGUCCUGCAACCCCAUUUGUUUUAGGCUAAGUAUGACCCCGACAUUACCGUUAAUACUACACUCCUCCAGCAUUUCAGUUUGUUUUAGGCUAGGUAUGACCCAGACAUUACCGUUAAUACUACACUCCUCCAGCAUUUCAGUUUGUUUUAGGCUAGGUAUGACCCAGACAUUACCGUUAAUACUACACUCCUCCAGCAUUUCAGUUUGUUUUAGGCUAGGUAUGACCCCCGACAUUACCGUUAAUACUACAUUCCUCCAGCAUUUCAGUUUGUUUUAGGCUAGGUAUGACCCAGACAUUACCGUUAAUACUACACUCCUCCAGCAUUUCAGUUUGUUUUAGGCUAGGUAUGACCCCGACAUUACCGUUAAUACUACACUCCUCCAGCAUUUCAGUUUGUUUUAGGCUAGGUAUGACCCCCGACAUUACCGUUAAUACUACACUCCUCCAGCAUUUCAGUUUGUUUUAGGCUAGGUAUGACCCGACAUUACCGUUAAUACUACACUCCUCCAGCAUUUCAGUUUGUUUUAGGCUAGGUAUGACCCCGACAUUACCGUUAAUACUACACUCCUCCAGCAUUUCAUUUUGUUUUAGGCUAGGUAUGACCCGACAUUACCGUUAAUACUACACUCCUCCAGCAUUUCAGUUUGUUUUAGGCUAGGUAUGACCCCGACAUUACCGUUAAUACUACACUCCUCCAGCAUUUCAGUUUGUUUUAGGCUAGGUAUGACCCCGACAUUACCGUUAAUAUUACUCCUCCAGCAUUUCAGUUUGUUUUAGGCUAGGUAUGACCCCGACAUUACCGUUAAUACUACACUCCUCCAGCAUUUCAGUUUGUUUUAGGCUAGGUAUGACCCCGACAUUACCGUUAAUACUACACUCCUCCAGCAUUUCAGUUUGUUUUAGGCUAGGUAUGACCCCGACAUUACCGUUAAUACUACACUCCUCCAGCAUUUCAGUUUGUUUUAGGCUAGGUAUGACCCCGACAUUACCGUUAAUAUUACACUCCUCCAGUAUUUCAGUUUGUUUUAGGCUAGGUAUGACCCCGACAUUACCGUUAAUACUACACUCCUCCAGCAUUUCAGUUUGUUUUAGGCUAGGUAUGACCCCGACAUUACCGUUAAUACUACACUCCUCCAGCAUUUCAGUUUGUUUUAGGCUAGGUAUGACCCCGACAUUACCGUUAAUACUACACUCCUCCAGCAUUUCAGUUUGUUUUAGGCUAGGUAUGACCCCGACAUUACCGUUAAUACUACACUCCUCCAGCAUUUCAGUUUGGUGUUUAACCCAGGAAAUGACACUUUAUUAUUAUCUAUACAUGAAAUAUUACCAUUUGUGACACCCAAUAGCCGAUAUGUAUUUUUGUGCUGGGGUGUCGUUAAACAAACAUUCAAUCAAUCAAACUAUACAUGAAAUAUUGUUGACCAAAAAUUAAUGUCUGUCUGUCUGCAAUAUAUUUGGUAUUGCAGAUAGACCAAGUUAAUUCUUGGUUGACAAUAUCAUCUGUUUUGUAUCAAAGUGAUACAUCACACUAGGAAGUGGUAUGUCACACUGCAGCUGUACAUACAAUAUCAAAGACUAUCUUCACCUGCAGUGUUUGAAGCAAUGUAAUAUUAAGCAUACUACCAUUUUAUAUCAAUGUUAUGUCCUCUGUGAAAUAAUGUUCAUUUGUCAUGAGCGUGAUACAAAAUGGAAGCUUGUUUAAUAUUCUGUUAUUGUUGUAACUAAUGUUUAGCAUGGCUCAUUUUAAUUUUCAGGUGUGGUCAUCAUAUACUGUAGAAUUUAAAAUAUAAAACAUUAAUGUAUCGGGAUUUUUUUCUUACUGAAAGCAAAUAUUGUAUUUGUUCAAGUGCAAUAUAUACUGCAGUUCAUUUGUGUACCAUCUCAAGCACAUAUUUUUGUUGUUGAAAAAUUAUGUGAAGAUUUGACUUUAGAGUUAGAAGUUAUUUUAAAGUAAUGUUAAUAUUUCAUUGUUACAUCGAAACCUUCUACAUUUUUAAUGACACUAAUACAAAACAAAGUUUGAUGCUGGAUAUUUUCUGUGUCCAUUAACCGUAAAAAUACACUUGUCUUUCGCAAUCUGUUCAUGUGCAAUUAACAACUAAAUAACAUGAGCUGUAUGUACACUCACGAAGCCUUUAUACAAAUUUGUCAAUUUCUGAUGGUUAUUGCUCACAUGUAAUCGAAAUCCCAUUAAAAUGCUUAAAGCUACCUAAUUUACAUGGUAUGCACCUUUUUUGUUUUGUAUAAAAUGCUGUUUUUUUUUACCUACUACAAACAUGAGAAUGAUACGUAACACAUUGGAUUUGUAAAAUUGAUACUAAUUUAAGCCAAACGUAAAUAAUAUGUAAAUUAACAUUAAACUGUUAUUAUAGCCAAAAUUAUUUUACCCUGCCUAAAAAUGAAGUUCAACAGCUUUACAUUUGAUAUACAUAUUAUGGCCAUUGGGUAUGGUCAGGUCAUGUCAGAGAGUUUAACAUGCACAUUCAGAACAAGCUGUUGUAGUGCAUGCCUGUCCUGGGCACAGGUGCCAGCCUUGGCUGGCUACUCCGUCCAAGACAGGAGGGUAUGAUCUAGGUUUGGGCCACAUCUAUAGAUGAACAAAAGGUUGUGCUAUAUAGUAGUAAAGCAGUUUUAAAAUGAAAGGUGGAUUUUGGAAGAAAUAGGAGAGCACAUUUACAUACUAUAAUUUGGAACAAUUCUAUAAUAUUUACAUCACUUUUCCAUCCAUUGAUCUCUGGUACCCAAGCAAUAUAAAUGUUUCAAAGGGCAUUAAAAUAAAAACAUUUGUACAACACUUUUUUCUUCUUGUUAUUUAACAUGUACGUUUGUGGGGGUUUUGUUGUGAUUUUUAAAGUUGUUUUUUCUUUCUUUUUUUUAGCUUGUGCAUGUUUGUGAGCGUUUUAUUUAUUUAUUUAUUUUUUAACGUUGUCUUCAAAACAUUUAGAAUAACGUGUAAUAAAUCUAAUUUAUGGGAGAACAAUAUUUUUUAUCAUACAUGUAGAUCCAAGAAUGAAGACCCUUUGACUUUAAUCCUUGUGAUAUAUGAUUUUUAGCUGUAAUCUUAAUGAAAAUAUACUCUGAACAUACUUAGCAAGAUUUUCAUGAUUUGUAACAAAUUUUACCCAAUAUCAUUAUAAUAAAGGCUGGUGAUUGUUUUCCAAAUGAUUCUGUUGUCCAGUUCAUGUUAUUCGUGUUAAUGUUUAUUGUAAGUUGUUAUUGUUUUUGUGUACAUUAUUGUUAUCUAUGAGAUGUAAUAAUUUAUUAAAAUCCUGAAACCUGAAUUUAUAUGUACAUUAUUGUUUAUAUAUAAAAUUUUAAUCAUCAUGUUGAAUAAAUUCUAACUAAUU